AAAGCAUAAGCCUGAAGGAAAGCAACUUCUUCUCCUUCGGCUGCAUCCUAGAGGCCCGAGAACAACUGGACAAAGAAUUGAUUGAAGAGCUCAGAAGUUCCUUGUGCUAGAGGACCUCUUCUGAUCCAGGCUUGCCCAGGGAAUUCUGUCCAGGACUUUUCCACUAAGAGCCUCACCUCUAACCAAAGGGGCUACAAUCCUCUCUUCCUCCACUGCUAAACCCUCCAGGAUCCUCGGUGUCUGCAGAGGCAAAAGAAGAAGUCGUUGAAGCAACUUUGAAGUGGAGAUGACCUCAUCAAACAAAGAUCCAAAUGGACUAGAUAAUCCAAUUUUUGUAAUUGAUGAUGGAGGGCAUUACUGUAACUUCACUGAAGCAGGUGCCCCAGAUUUGGACUGUGAAGAAAGGCCGAAAGGCCACAGCAAAGACAGCAGCAAACUUGCUUACACUGUCACAGAUAUUCCUCCUUGGUACCUCUGCAUUUUCUUGGGAAUUCAGCACUACCUGACUGCACUUGGAGGUCUUGUUGCCAUUCCGCUCAUCCUUUCCAAAGGGCUUUGCCUAGAACGUGAUACUUUGACACAGAGUCACCUGAUCAGCACCAUCUUCUUUGUCUCCGGAAUUUGCACCCUUCUACAAGUCAUCUUUGGAGUCAGGCUACCUAUCCUGCAAGGAGGGACUUUCGCCUUCUUAACGCCUUCACUGGCAAUGCUCUCUCUCCCUCGCUGGCAGUGCCCUGCAUGGACCACGAAUGCCACUUUGGAGGAUGUUUCUUCUCCAGAAUUCAUUGAGGAAUGGCAGAAACGAAUCCGAGAGUUGCAGGGAGCCAUCAUGGUAUCUUCCUGCUUCCAAAUAUUUGUCGGCUUCUCUGGCCUCAUUGGAUUUCUGAUGCGGUUUAUCGGCCCUUUGACAAUUGCCCCAACCAUAUCCUUGGUGGCAUUGCCUCUCUUUGACUCAGCAGGAAAAGAUGCAGGAUCACACUGGGGUAUAGCAGCCAUAACCAUUUUCUUCAUAGUUCUUUUCUCUCAGUACUUGAAAAAUGUUCCUGUUCCAUUGCCAGCUUACCAGAAAAGCAGAAAAUGCCACUUCUCCAAGGUCUACCUCUUCCAAAUCUUCCCAGUGCUCUUUGGUCUUUCUAUUUCCUGGAUUCUGUGUUUGGUUCUCACUGUCACCAAUGUCUUCCCUUCGGACCCUAAAGCAUAUGGCUAUUUAGCUCGGACUGACAGCAAAGGAGACGUUGUGUCCAAGGCACCCUGGUUCCGGUUUCCUUACCCAGGCCAAUGGGGAGUUCCCACGAUUAGCUUUGCUGGAGUGUUUGGCAUCCUAGCAGGUGUGAUCUCCUCCAUGGUGGAAUCGGUGGGCGAUUACUAUGCCUGUGCUCGGUUAUCUGGUGCCCCGCCCCCUCCAAUGCAUGCAAUCAAUCGCGGAAUUGGAGUUGAAGGGAUUGGCUGCCUUCUGGCUGGGGCCUGGGGAACAGGGAAUGGCACCACGUCUUACAGUGAAAAUGUUGGUGCUCUGGGGAUCACCCGGGUAGGGAGUAGAAUGGUGAUUGUGGCUGGAGGGUGUGUCAUGCUUCUGACCGGGAUGUUUGGCAAAGUGGGAGCUGUGUUUGCCAGCAUCCCAACUCCCAUCAUCGGAGGAAUGUUCCUUGUCAUGUUUGGUGUUAUCACUGCCGUGGGAGUGUCCAAUCUGCAGUAUACAGACAUGAACUCUUCAAGAAACCUCUUCAUCUUUGGAUUUUCUAUAUUUGCGGGUCUGACCAUUCCUAACUGGGUAAACAACAAUUCAGAUGUACUGAAAACAGGAGUUAUGCAGUUAGACCAAGUGCUCCAGGUGCUGCUAACCACAGGCAUGUUUGUCGGGGGCUUCCUGGGCUUCCUCCUUGAUAACACGAUUCCAGGGAGCAAGGAAGAGCGGGGACUCCUGGCAUGGAAAGAGGGUUAUGAGUCCGACGACACUGCAAAUACCUCUGACGUCUAUGAUCUUCCCUUUGGAAUAGGCUCCAAGUUCUGUGCCGCUCGCUGGUUUCAGUACCUCCCAAUGUGCCCCAAGCAGCGAGCUGAGCACAGUGCAAAUGAACACAACAGUCACACUAUGGAGAACCAUAGCAAAAUCAAUUCAGGAAAGGACACAGAAAUGAACACAAGGAUAUAAGACAGCACCAAUGGACAAACUUGGUUUGCUAAGCCGUUGAAGCAGCAUUUUCUGCCUUGCCGGUUUCAUGUCCUUGAAGCAAUGGCCAAAGGAAAAGACUUACUAAGUUCUUGCAGGCUAUUCUGUGACCUGCCACCGGCACAGCGUGAUCUUGAAUGUGUCAGUUUCUCUGCAGCAAGAAUACAGUGUCUGUUUGAGGAGCUGUCUUUGUUCAACCCAGCAUAGUGCCUCUCCAAGGGUUGUUGCUGGCAUCUCCCUUGUGUCCUUUUAGAUUGUGACUCCCUUUGAGACAGGGAGCCAUUUCCGCAUUUGUUUCUCAUUCUGUUUUCCGUGUAAACUGCUUUGAGAAUGUUUUGUUGGAAAGAAGUCUACAUACCCCUAAAUGGUGACUCACAUAUUGCACAAGGCAACUUGGGCAGUUAGGACACCACUCACAUGUAAACACUGCCACUGGUGUUGCACAACAGAGCCGUUGCGAUCUGGUGUAGAGUUAUGCAAACACUGUUGCGCAACUGGAUGCCCAUUGAAAAUAGUGGUGGUUGCUUUGUGCAACUGUGUUUGUGCAACUUUACACCAGAGUGGUGUUUAUGCAGACACAACAGCCCGGGUGGUGCUCCAUCUGUCUGCAUUGCCUUGCACAGAAUGUGAGCCAGUAAUAAUAGCCUGGCUAGAAAGUGGGGGGCCCAGUAUGGAGGACGAUGGUUUCCCCCUCCUACCUUGGCAUGCUGUUGCCUAGAAAUUCUGGAUGUGGUUCUUGAAUUCUUGACAAGCUAAUCCCAAAGUGCAAGGAUACUGGCCUGGGCCCUGCGAAAUCUACCCUCUACAUUUGUCUCAGCCAGACUCUCUCUCUCUCUGCCAUUUAAUCUCUGUAUCUCAAUUUUUUUUAAUUGCUUCCCCACCUUUUAGUCUUCAGGUUUGUUCAGUCUGAAAAGCUUCUGGAGGAGAUGCUGCCUCUCACUCUGUGUGUGUUGAUGUUAACUGCUACAAACAGGCUCUUGACUGGGGCCUCCAAACAAAUCUGUGAUAUAAAAUUGUUAGUUUUAAGCUUCUUUCAGGGCUCCAUGAGUAGCCACAAAGAACCAGUGCUAUACAUGUAUAUUUUUUACAGAGGGUUGCGCAGUGGGGAAAUGACUUAACUAGCAAGCCAGAGGUUGCUGGUUCGAAUCCCCGCUGGUAUGUUUUCCAGACUAUGGGAAACACCUAUAUUGGGCAGCACUGAUAUAGGAAGAUGCUGAAAGGCAUCAUCUCAUACUAUGUGGGAGGAGGCAAUGGUAAACCCCUCCUGUAUUCUACCAAAGACAAUCACAGGGCUCUGUUGUUGCCAGGAGUCGGCACCGACUCAAUGGCACAGUUUACCCUUACCCAUUAAUAUAACCUGCAUUUUUUUUUUGUAUAUAGUUUAAAUCUGUCCAGAAGGAAGGAAUCAGCCAUGUGACUACUGUGACGUGCAGGGAGAGCUUUUGAUCAUCUCCCCAUCUUCUCAGCAGGAGGCCUCUCUGCUGGCAUUCUCUAGAAAGUACCCUUCUGUGUAAGAUCCAGGAAGUCUUAAUGGCUGACGUACAGCACAAUGCUACAUGCACCUUGCAACAUAACUGUUGUGCAGUUGCACAAGCAGGGGCGUAGCUAUAAUAGAACGAAAGGGUUCAAAGAACACCGGCCCCCAGCUCCAGAGGGCCCUCCAGCUACAUCCCUCCCUAUUUUCUUCAUUAUCUCCCUCAGUCUGGGGGGCCGCCAGAAAGAGGGAUGAACACGGGCCCCCUCUCCCCUAGCUACGCCCCUGUGCACAAGAGUGCUGUUGCUCUAAUCACAAGGAUUGUGCAAACGUGGUUGGACAAUUGACAGCCAUUGGAAAUAGUGGCCGUCAAUUGUGGGACCUUUGGGGGUAAUUCUUGCGACUAGCGCAACAGCACAACUGUUACGUUGCAAGGGGCAUGUAAGGUUGCACGAUGUUGAUAGGCUAGGACUGGUCUGGGGCAUCCAUCGUGCUCUUCUUAACUUUUGGAAGGCCAAGUCUCAUUCUGGUGCCUACUGGAAUGACAUUCUGUGCUUACCAAACCUCUGUAAUCAUUUUGCGAUGUUGGGAAACCCCAUGUCAUUGGAAUCAUGACUGACUAAAACACUGUACCUCAGCUAAUGACUUAGGAAUGGGGUUGUUCUCUUUCCCUGUGUCUUCUUUUUGUGAAAAUUCUCCCAAGAUAUGCCACCAAAUGUGUCAUCUUUUUCUGGCAGAAGCCUCUAGAGCCUGAAGGGCAUGACCCCGCCCCAGUUCUUACAGGCCAAGUUCCUAAGUUAAGAGUAUAACAUGUAUGAACAAUACCAUAAACAGUAAAAAUAGAACAAUGAGUUUCAGCAAGUCAGGGAAAAGAAGGCAAAACAAGUCCUUGAGAGGAAACUCCUGACUGGAACAAUUCUUUUCUGAGGGAUACGACUCGGUCAUUCCCACCCAAGGGUGAAACAGAGCUAUGUUCUUCCCCCAGGAGUAGACAAUAGCGUCAAGCCAGGAGGGCUGAGAUGUCCUUGACCCCAGCAACCAGAAGAAGCCUUCACGGGAAGUGAACCAAUGCUCUAUUCUCGGUUGCUGGGGUCUAGGAUAUCUCACUGGGACCUACCAAAGCUUAUAUAUCACCAAGGGAUGGAUGUGCCUUAGACACUCCUGGGGAAACACCUUCUGCAACACCCGUCUUCCGAAAGCCACCUGGGCGGACUCAUAAGUGUCCAUCUUGAAAUGUCUUGUGAAAGUUAAGGGAUUCUUCCACGUCGCAGCCUUACAAAUUUCAUGGACUGGUGCAUUAGUCGAAAAUGCAGCUGAUGUAGCUGCUGCCCUCGUGGAAUGAGCCAUUAUCCGCGUAGGUGGAUGAAAGUGUUGUGACUCGUAUGCCAGAGCUAUACAAAGUCUGAUCCACCUGGUGAAAGUAGAUGAAGUCACUGCCCUACCCAUUGUUCCUGGAAGGAAGGACACAAACAGAGCAUCUGCAGUCCGGAAUGCUGCAGAACGUUCAAUACACACCUUAAAACACCGUCUCACAUCUAAUUUGUGCCACAAUUUCUCCUGUGGAUGUUUUGGAUGUGGACAGAAAGAUGGGAGAAAAACAUCCUGACACUGGUGAAACUGAGAACUCACCUUAGUCCUAAUAAAUGGAUCGGGUAUAAGGUGAACUGAGUCCUUUGCAAAUAUGCAGUAAUUUUUGUAGACAGACAAAGCCCUGAGUUCUGAAAUGCGUCUGGCCAAUGUUACAGCAACUAGAAAUGCCAGCUUAAUUGAAAAUAACCUCAUUGAUGCUGAUUGAAUUGGCUCGAAGGGUGUAAACUGCAGCGCCUUCACAACAGUAUUUAAAUUCCAAAUGGAAAAAACGAAGUAGCUUAGAUGGUGACAGGUGCGGGUGUGAGAGACUUGAUCUCAGUGAAUUUCCCGAAAUUAGUCCCACCAAUGAAGCUGCUUGUCUUUUCAAUGUGUUGGGCUUACGUCCUUUCUCAAGGCCAUCCUGGAGAAAUUGUAAAAGAUGGUGGAUGUUUGCUUGCCCCCGAAGAAUACUGUGUCUUGCUGAACAUCUCAAAAAGGCUCUCCAAGUACAUUGGUAUAUAUACUCUGUUCAUAGAAUCUCUAUGAGAAGCUAGGAUGGUAUUGGAAUUUUUUCCCGCAUAGCCCUGACCCUUUAGGAUCCACCGCUCAGUCUCCAUAUGGCUAGCUGUAACCAGCUCGGGUUGGGGUGUUGCACCGGCCCCUGUAAGAGAAGAUCUGGUAGAGAUGGAAGAAAACAUGGGCCUUUCGUCCUGAGAUGUAGUAGCUCUGUGAACCAAGGUCUCCUCGGCCAGAACGGAGCCACCAAAAUUACCUCUGCCUGCAGGGUUCUUAUGCGCCUCAGGACUCUCGCCAACAGUGGUGUUGGCAGCACUUUUCUUUUUUAUGUUUCAGGUCUCUCUCCCCUUUAGAGUGAAAAGCCCUAAUAUGCUUUCUCUUCUUCUUUGCCUUUCGUGGAGAUGGAGGGGGUGAAUCAUAAGAAGAGGAUUCCUCUGAAGAGGAGGACAUCCGUUUACGCUUCUUUGAUCUUUUAUUUUUAUUACAGGGCUUAAGCUGCUGCGCUGUUUCAACUAUAGCGUUUUUAAACCAGGCUUGCCAUUCAGGUGGAACAGAUUUCGGCAUUUUAAGGGCAGAGCUGGUGGAAAGCACAGUGGAGCUAGUCUUCCCCUGGAACAAGCUCACCCUUUCUCCCUGUUGCCCUUGAUGUGGGUGCCUUGAGCCCCCCGAGAGUCCUUUGCACGACCCCUCUGGAGCGCAGAUAGAUUUUGUGCUCUUUUUGUUGUGGCCGCCAUUUUUACUUGCCGCCUCCAUCGGACGUUCCUCUGCCCAGGCUCUGAGCUGUGCUUGCAUCGGGGGUGGAAUAGUGAGCAGGGCCACUGCUGCCGCUUUUAUCCUAGCAGUCAGCAUGGAGAUUGGCUCAGGUGUCCCUGCCUGCCCACAGAUCUCACUCCCCUCGCCAGCUCUCUGUGCUGCUCUACCGCGGGUUUCGCAGCCCGAAGGCGGGAGACUCGCGGUGGCUUUCCAGUGUCUUGCCAGGCGGCUGAGAAGUGGCCGGUAUUUGCGCUGCACUGUGAAAUUCACUCUGUCCCUUUCCUCUUGGGACACAGAUGUGUCUUGGCGUUCCUGCAUGCUCCAUACAGCCAGGAAAGAACAGGGAAGGGGGCAAGCAGGACAAAAGGAGGCGGAAGAGGUUUUUUUAGUUUGUUUUUUAAAGGAAAGAAGCAAAGGGUACACCAAGGUCUAAGGUAGGGACGUAUUUAGAGUAAGAGUAGACAAAGAAGGGGCAAGAUAAGAGUUAGAUUUGAGAAGGAAAAAAGGUCUGGCUGGAGCAACGCAGGACUGUAAGAACUGGGGCGGGGUCAUCCCCUUCAGACAUUCGGUGAGGCUUCUUUCUUUCAGCUAAUUAGCAUAGUCCUGCCUUGGAGGAGGAUAACGUGAGGGGGAUAACCCAGUGAGAUGUCCUUGACCCCAGCAACCGAGAAUGUGUACCUUAACAGGGCACACAAUAAAGUGGUAGCUCCCUUAUAUUUAGUAGCGGGGGAGCAACUGUCCCUAUUCAGCCCAGCAUAGUGUCUCUCCAAUGGUUAUUAAUGAUGUCUCCUUUGUGUCAUUAUUUUAAGAUUGUGAGCCCACUGUGAGACAGGGAACAAUUUCCUCUGAUAUACAGACUGCUUUAAGAACAUCUGAAAAGCGGUACACGAAUACUUUUAAUAAUAAUUGGCAUAUGUUGAUAAGUAGUGAUUAGGACAGACCAAGGCUUAAACAGAUCAGGCUGCUUACAUCACUUGGCAUUUGGCCUGUAGUCAUAACAUAUGAGAGGAUUAUCUACCUUGGAGGCCUUCAGGAGAGCCUUAAAGAUCCAUCUUUUUAGCCUGGCUUUUAAUAUCUAGUUUUAAUUUUAAGCUGGUUCAAAUGUUUUUUUAAAAUUUUAAUUAUUUUAUUAUGUAUUUUUGAUUUUAAUGUAAACUGCCCAUAGCCACUUUAGGAAGGGUGUUUUUAAAUAAAUAACAGUCAAUACGCUACUUA